GUGCUGGUCUAGCCAGGUACCUAGCCAGGUGUAGCUGCUGCAGACUCGGUGCUGGUCUGCUGGUUGGAACUUGGAAUGACACUGAACUCAUGAACAGAUCCGCAGUCGGCAGAUCUAAGCGGAGUCGAGCCGAGUUGCUUUAGGAAUUCAGGACCAGGUGUUCCUUGGCUGGCUCAAGAUACCGGUACUAGUAGUUCGAGUUCAGCGAGCUGAGGAGCAGGGAAAGUCUUCUCUCUUCCGCACAAGAUCUUACCUUUCUGCAAUCCUUGACCUCAGCAUCUCAAGCUCCAGCUGGCUGCCAUCAUGGCGUCUCCCUCCUGGAUCCCAUCUGCAUUGCUCCUGGCAGCAUUGGCCAUCUACUUUGGCGCCGUCCCAGGGAACGCUCAACUGCCGCCGUGCACUUUGACCUAUGCAACAACGGCCCCUCUCCCGCUUGAGUUUGGCGUCGCUGACAGGCAGGGCUUCUUCAGGCAGUUCGGCGUCGUGCCCUGCCCUCGCAAUGUGCUUGACGUCAACGACGUCCUUGCGGCGCUGAAGAACAAGACGGCGGACUUUGCCUACGAGCACACGGACAACGCUCUCAGCUGGUACCUGGGCCAGAACAACUUCACGGCACAGGUGUUUGCGGGGGGGUUGCUCGGGGGUGAAGUCGGGCUUGCCGUCAACAGGAGGAACAAUGUGACGGGGUACGUUGACGUUGCGGGGCGGGCGUUCCUGGUGGACAGCACGACGUCGGGCCUCGUGACGGACCUGUGGAAGAUCGCCGAACUGAAUGGGAUCAACCGGGGGACCUUCAGCCCCGCAGCUUCCCCUAGCGCUCAGGCGCGGUACGACUACCUGGUCGCCGGAAGGACGCCCACGGGCCAGACCGUGUUUGGCGCCAUGCUGGAGGCGCCGUUCUGGAACCUCGCCAAAAACGUCAGCGACAUCCUGCUGCUCAACCGGAUUGGCGAGGUGGUGUCACCCAUCCAGAGCACGGUGUACGUCCUCGACCGCACCCGCAAGACCGAGCUCAACGCCAAGAUGGUUAACUUAACCGCGGCUCUCAUCAAGGCCAACCUCUACAUCUACAACGCGACCAACAAGGCCGCAGUCAUCAGCUUCAUCCAGACCAACAACGUCCUGAACCCAGCGGUCGCGGCGGACUACUACCAGAGCUACGUGGACGGCAUCCAGGGGUCCGUGUACGCACUGCAGCUGAGCUUGGCCGGCACCGCCAACACCAUCGCGGUCCGCCAAAACUACGACCCAACGAUCCGCAACGAGAAUGCCAACUUGUUCGUCCAACCUUCGACCGGGACGUUCUAUGACGAUCAGAUAUACAAGGCGGCAUAUGCUCUUGCAACGCAGAGAUAGUCGAAACUGCCUUAUUUCUAAGUACGGGGUCUUUUCUACGAGUUGAUAGCUGUUGCGGAGUGUUUGAAACUUCAAUUCCCGCAUGAGGUUCGAGGUUGUUUGUGGACGUGAUGAGUAACUUAAAAGCUUUUCAGACGUCGGGGAGUUCGUCAAACUUCCAUUCAGGACCAACUAGUUUUCUAUCCUAGUGCAAGAUGACAUCGAAGGAUCGAGUUAUCUGCUUACAUACAACUGAACGUACUGGCACAUGUGACGUUGACGGUCGAAUUUAGCCACUAAACCAUAUUGAUUGGCUGUAGACCAACCACAAACCUCAGACCCCCGGGCUAAUAGGCUCGUUUUGGUGGAGGAUCCGUCAUUUGGCGCGUAGCGCGGGCAGCGUAGUCUCGGUAUCCACCAUGUUUGCACCAUCAAAAUAUUAUUCUGACUCCACAACAGAGCUUACGUUCUUUUAAUCUCUAUUGAAGCACCCUUGCUGUAUAGGACGGCCUGCACUGUGGGAAGCAGUAAACAUUUGAGUUCAGCGGUUGAAGUGCGGGCCCCUACUGCGGUAGAAACUAGGCCAGGCCCGCUGAUUUAGUGACCGGGGGCCCGUUGCCAUCGCGGUGCUCAUUGGGGGGCGGCAUGGUAUUUACUUCGAUCAUUGAAAGGCGAGCCAUAGAGUGUCUAGCUAACUUCCAAAUCUUCACAUGCAUCCAAUCGAUGCACAGAUUAAGCCUGACUGUAAGUUUUCACAGUAAUCUGCUGGCCCCAGCAAUAUGAUCAACAGAGAUGCUUGACCACAAUGCUUAAGACAACAUCCAAACAAAUUACUGUUUCAAAGCUGGU